UCCAUGCGCUCAGACGCGCACAUUCGAGCAGCUUCCCACUCACUGGAGUUGGAGCCACACUGAACCUAGUCGCUCUUUGCUUUGACUCCGAACAACCCCAGGAGCCGGAAACCUUUUUCUUUUUUAAUAAAUGGUUCUUGCUGUGUGUUUUUUUUUUGCUGAUAUAGUUCAAAGACUGUGGGGGGAUCUGAAGGAGGGCACUUUGGGAAGCUGUGAAUAAUUUCUCGCAUGAAGCGAACCCCUUGGACGCUGGACCGCGGAGUGCGCACCCUGUCGGAGUCUGCUGCUCUUCAAUGGAUUUCAAUACGGACGCGAUGCUCUGGACCUUAAACUACUGCUAAGACUGCUUUUUGAAGUACACCUUAUUAUUUUUCUAUCUGUCCAUCCCUCGAUGUUUCCCACCGACAGAAGGACGAUGAUCUUCGCAGCUCUCUAUGCGCUUCUGCCUCUUCUUGAUGUGUGUUCGCACGCCGAGGAAACGGUGCACGCCAGCUCGCCACACCACCUGGACUGCGUGAGGGCCAGCGAGCAGUGCCAGAAGGAGCAAGCCUGCAGCACCAAGUACCGGACUAUGAGACAGUGUGUGGCCGGGGGCAAGGAGAGCAACUUCAGCAUGGUGGCCGGCCUCGAGGCCAUGGAUGAGUGCAGGAGCGCUAUGGACGCGCUCAAACAGAGCCCCCUGUACAACUGCCGGUGUAAAAGAGGCAUGAAGAAAGAGAAGAACUGUCUGCGCAUUUACUGGGGGAUGUAUCAGACAUUACAAGGGAAUGACUUCCUGGAAGACUCCCCCUACGAAGCGGUCAACAGCCGUCUGUCGGACAUCUUCCGCCUGGCUCCAAUCCUGGAGGGAGGGGAACUCCGGAGCAGCGCCGGGACUUUGGCCCCAGGCAGGGGCAGUGCCCAGGGCAAGGCAUCCCAGGACAGGGAGCCUGUUCUGGGUAGAGACCCCCUGGGCACAGGGGGGUCAGCCUCCUCCGCCCAGCUCCAGGAUCCCAGUAGAAACAGGAGGGCUCACCCCAAUUGGGCUAUACUGGAUGAGGUGUUUUGGGGUGAGCCGGCAAUGACCAGAGAGAACAACUGCCUGAACGCGGCCAAGGCCUGCAACCUCAACGACACGUGCAAGAAGUACCGCUCGGCCUACAUCAGCCCGUGCACUAGCCGUGUGUCCAGCGCCGAGGUGUGCAACAAGAGGAAGUGCCACAAAGCCCUGCGGCAGUUCUUUGACAAGGUACCUCCGAAACACAGCUACGGCAUGCUCUUCUGCUCGUGCCCACCCAGUGACCAAUCAGCUUGCUCAGAGCGAAGACGCCAGACCAUCGUGCCCGUGUGCUCCUACGAUGAGAAGCAGAAACCCAACUGUCUCGAGCUGCAGGCUUCUUGCAAGACCAACUACAUCUGCAGGUCACGUCUGGCAGACUUCUUCGCCAACUGUCAGUCGGAGCCCGGUCUUUGUCUGGCUGUCCUGAAGGAAAAUUAUGCUGACUGUCUCCUCGCAUACUCUGGUCUGAUUGGGACCAUCCUGACCCCCAACUACCUCCGCACCCCCAAGAUCAGCGUCUCCCCGUUCUGCGACUGCAGCAGCAGCGGCAACAACAAGGACGAGUGUGACAAGUUCACAGAGUUCUUCCGCGAGAACACCUGCCUCCGCAACGCCAUCCAGGCCUUUGGUAACGGCACAGACGUGGGGGUGUGGCAGCCCAUGCCCCCGCCUCAGACCACACCCCCCAUCACCACGCCGCAGCAGAAGAACCGUGAGCGCGGCAGCCCCAACGCCAUCGACAACAGCCUCAACGUGGAAAACAGCAUCUACCACUUCUGUGGCAGCCUGCAGGCUCAGAAAUUGAAGUCUAACUCCAGUGCUGAUGGUGUCCUCUGUGUGGACCCACUGGUGGAUGGUCGAGAAACGUCCAAUGCCAUUGGAAACUCAGCUGUGCGUAGGUGGUCUCCACCCAGCCUGGGUCUGCUGCCCCCGCUGCUCUGGCUGUCUCACUGCACACGAGCCAUCUUGUAGCCUCACCGUUCCUAAGCAACAAACACAAAUGGACUGACUGAUAACAUAUUUGUAUAAAAGAGAGAAAACAAGGCUUAUAUCCUCUGUUUCCAGUAAAAGCUGUUCUGUUUUUAUUUACCUCUGGAUUCUGUCGCUCUUUCACUCAUUUCAUUUCUCCCCGAUAGCUCCAUUGUUUUUUGUUGUUUUAGUAUUGCAACUGUGCGCUUAACCAAUUGAUCAGGUGUUUGACAAUUUGAUAUUUGUUCCCUUUUAAUUUGAUCAAAAGGGAUGUACAAAAAACAAGCUUUUCUGUGGCCCACUGGGGGAUUAUGCUACUGUCAGAAUGCAUUCUGCUACAUCUGGGGGUUCUCCCAUAUGGAGAACACAUGUGUUGUGAAAUUUUGCAACAGCGAGAUUUCGAUCCCAUCUUCCAAAUCUCUCAACAAAACCUUGUCCAUUUUCAGGAGGGGUCUAAAGACAAACAUCACAGCCAGGGUUGAAAGGUUGGUCUUUCAGGUCCCGCCCACACUCAUCAGACAUAUCUGUGUGCACGUGAGUGUGAGUGUGUGUGCGUGUGUGUCGGUGUUAAUGUUUAUGUGUGAGUGUAUGUGUGUUCGUUCGUGUUUUGAUCACGGUGCCAGUGGUUUUCACCGUAUAAUCAAUCCAUCAAAGAAAGUCGAGUUAGAUAUUAAACUUCUGGGUUGCGUAGAAAUCACAAGAAUAAUCACCUGGAAAAGUAUUCGGAGGCAUUUAUGAUUGGUCGGAUGGAGAAGCGUGGCUCCGCCAUCGCUCUCGUUCAGUGUGGAUUAAAUAGCACAGCGACAAACACACGCACAUUUGAAUGCUGGGCUUUUGAUCUUAUUCUCUCCUUCUUUAUCUGUCUCCUUUCUCUCGGGAUCACUUUCACCCGCACGCAGACAUGCACUCACACAAUCUCACAUCCAGGCUUAACACUCGGUUUCUACACCUUUCAUUACCAACUUAAUUUAUUCAAAGAUUUAAACCCCCCUCCCCAAAAAAAAGAAAACACUGCAGUUGUUAAUCCAUCAGAUUUAAUCCUUUAUAAAGAUUGUACUUACGUGGCACUGUCAAAACGUACUGUUGUGUGUUUGUGUGUGUGUAUCUCUCUCUCUCUCUCUCUCUCUCUCUCUCUCUCUCUCUCUCUCUCGCUCUCUUUCGCUCUCUCUCUCUCUCUCUCUCUCUCUCUCUCUCUCUCUCUCUCUCUCUCUCUCUCUCUCUCUCUCUCUCUCUCUCUCUCUCUCGCGCUCUCUUUCGCUCUCACUCUCUCCCCCCCCCUGAGGAGAGUUUGAAGAUACGGUUGUUUGCGUCCAUGCUGAGUGGUUUCUUGUGAGAGUGAUUUAAGGAGCUGGUGUUCUUAUCUGAAGCGAGCGUUGCGCUCCAUGCCGUACGGCCCGCGACAGUAACGGAGCAUAGCUUAAGUCUUUAGCGCUGUACUGUAUAUUCAGUUACUGUAUUUUUUUUAAUGAUAUUGUGCUCUCAUAAACCUACACACCUGCUGGCAUCUGUGUGAUGAUGCUGUGAUGUUUUGCCACGGCAAUGACACAGUGAACGUGUCGAGGCAAUGCAUUCAUUCAUUCAUCCCCUCAGUGCUCAACAGAAAUAUUUCACCUCACUUGAUCAUUGUUUGAUGUUCAGCAAUCGUGUUUAGCAGUCAUUUACACAAAGCUUUAGCAAAUAUCCCCCAACCCCAUGCCUUUCUUGACUAUUUUCUAGUAAUAAUAACCACAUAUUGACAUGUGGCAUGUUAAGGGAAAUGACUUCAGCUAUACACAAGCAUUUAUGACAUGUAUGGCUGCUUGGGUCCCUUCGGGUUCCUGUGGCUUCUUGAAAUGUACUUACUGUAUACUAGAACCUAAGUGUUCAUUAUGAGGCAUUUAACAUGAUAUAUGUGCUGUGCGUUCUCUGGCUGAAAGUGAAGAACCGGACAAACAAAUGUCAAGAUGAUCGUUUAUUUCAGAGCAUUGUGAAAUAUUUUGACUUGAUGACGAACCCAUGGCGUUGGCGAUACAACGUUAAAUAAGACAGAAUCUUGUUAGUUGUUUUUUUUUAUAACAAGCUAUAUGUAUAUUUCUCCUGAUAUGUACAUGAUUAUAAAAUACUAUUGCAUCUGAGAAAGAGGAUAUCAUUGUAACUGUCCUAUAUUACUGCAAUUAAAAUACUACUUGUUUCCUAAGUAUUGACUUUGUAUCAUAGCCCCACUCUUGAUCAUGGUUUACUAUAUUCAUACUUUUUUGGGGGACAGACAUCUUAUUUUUCUAUUUUGAACUUUUGUUUUGUCUAUGAUGUUUCUUAUUUAAUACAACAUGGACUGGAAUGUGUUCUUAAUUAAAGUUUUGGCUCCCACCGAAAUGACAUGUAUUGGCAUAGGACUUCAUUAAAGAGGUGUGAUAUUAGGGACACAAACAGGUGUUACUCAUUAAGUUAAUUAUGGGCCGAGGUAUGCCGGUGCUCUUAAUCAAGGUCAUGAGAUACACCUGUGUACACCCCUGCUAUUACAACUCUCCGAUAAGGCCUACUGCAACAAGAACUAGCCGCACACUAAUCAAACCAAUGGUAUUCUGUUGUUCUACCAAAUGCUCAAAGGGUUGGAAGGCUGUAAUACUAUUGGAUAGUUAGUGGCUGUUACCAGCAUUUAUUUUUCGUGCAAGCAAACAUGUUGAUGUGGUUGUUAGUCGAUUGGAUUUGGACUUUAAAGAUCCUUGAAAGUUUGAAAGCAGAAUACCCUUUGAGACCUUUGUCUCUUGCGAGUGGGUUUGUAUUGGAACCUCUGUGUCUCUAACCACACCACUACAGUACCAGGGUUAAUGCUAACAGUUCUUCUUUGCGCUGUGCUGGCAUUUGGUAAUAACGGGCCAUAACUUGCAGUUUGUAAAGAAGGGAAGCCAAUAGAAGAUGGUAAUAGUUGCAUUCUUCUCCCUUCUGUCAAGGAUUCAAGACAUGUUUUGUUUUUUUGGAGAAACGGCUUUCCAGCACCAUUUCCUUCUUAGCUUGUGAAAAUGUAAAAUCUAUUGUACAAAGUUACAAUUAAAACUGUUAAAUCAUCUCA